GCUAACAGGCAUCAUGGUUGUAGAGUUUCCAUGAGAAACUAAGGAAGACACGAAAAUGUGCUAAAAGUAGGUAACCGUCCAUACCAAAUACCUGGAACUUUGAAAGUUUUACUGUCCUAACGCUACAUAAUGUCAUAUUGUUAUGCUAAUGCUGUAUCAGCAAAUAAAUGGGAAUACAGUUUACAAGAUGUCAACUGUUGAAGAUCUGAGUAGCGAACAAAACUUCAUUGCACAUUGGAUGUCUGAUACUUCCCGUGCUGGAGUCUUAUUAGAUCCUAGUUUUACUGGUUUGAAAAUCAACAAAGAAAAUUUAUUAUCUGGACCUGAAAACAUCACAGCUUUCCCUGCUGAAGUGUUGCAUCUUUCAGACAGCUGUUCUGUAAGUGAUGACUCCUUGUGUGAAGAAGAGCCUGGCAGCUCUUGUACACUUCAGCAAUAUACCACUGAAACAUCUUUUCCAGCAGCAGCAUAUAACGUAGAAGCCUCUAAAACAGACUUUGUCCAUGGUGAAGUGGAUGGUCAGAAUAAAUAUGAUCACAGCGAUCCACUCUUACAAAAGCUUGAACAGCUGAAGGAAUUGCAACAACAGAAACAGGAACAGCUAAAGAAACAACAGAUGGAGCAACUUCAAAGGCUAAUGGAAGAGCAGCAGAAACUACUUAGCAUGGUAUCUGGCCAGACAGCAGUUCUUGGAAAAAACAUGUGGUGUCCAGAACAAAAGAUGGAAGUAUUAACGGAGAGUGAAGAUCAUCACAUUGAUCCUUUAUGUGUGGAAAGCUCAGAUCUCUCUGAAAAUUCCAGUGGAGGAAAACAUUUGUGGACUAAUACAGAGGAAAGACCUAUUAAAGCUGCGAUUCAGGAAAAGAAACAGACAUUUGAACAAUUCCUGGAAGAACAGAUACAACUAGAAGAGCAGCGUCUGGAGCAAAACCAGAAGUUACAGGAGACAAAUGGACCAGCCAUUCAAAAACCAGUGAUCAAACGACCCUUCCUGAAAAGAGGAGAAGGCUUAACAAGAUUUAGUAGUGCCAAAUCUAAAAUUACAAAACUUGGAGAAAACACCCCAAAACUUCAACAAAGGGCUUCAGAUGACAGAAAUGUUAUUAAAGUGGACAGAUCACAAAUACAAAAGAAAACUAUGCCUCCUGGCAAAGAACGGGUUUCUGAGAACCCUUUUGCACCAUGUAAAAAAUAUAACCACCCUGAUAAAGCAAAACAUUGCCCUGUUCAGAAGAACCUGGUACUCAGGAAUCACAAUGGAAAAAAUACCUCGCUAUUAGAAACAAGAAUGCAACCAGGAAAAAAUCAUGAAGGACAGAUGAGAGAUUCUUUCCCAUCAGAAACUAACAACAAAAUAGAAAAUAAAGAGAACGUAGUAGAAUUUGCUAAGUCUAACACUGGCAAAAUUGGAAACAAAUUACCUGGCACAGAAAAGCCUCGGUUGUCUCAUGAGCUGGCCAGUGCCUUUCCUAAUUCUAAAUGUCCUAUAGGUCACCCUGUAAAAGAUCCAGAACUGUCUUUUGAAGUUUCAUUUCAGAAUAAGCUGGAAAACUGGGAAAAAGAAAAAGAAAAAGAGAAUCUAGAAUUAGAUGAAUUUUUGUUUCUAGAACAAGCUGCAGAUGAAAUAUCUUUCUCAAGUAAUUCCUCAUUUGUGCAAAGGAUCUUAGAUCAAGAUCAGCAAACUUUAAAAGGCCGUAGAAUGUCUUCUACCCCUAUCAAGGCAAAACAGCAGCAAGUAGAGGCGCUGGCUGUUGAACUUAUAAAUAAGAAAAAUAAAAAGGCAGACUGUAUGACACAGGGAAAUAUAAAUGAUAGAGCAGUUAUGCAUACAGUCUCAAAUUCAGGAGCAGCUUUUAUAAUGAAGGGUCCACUGAAUAAAACGGACAGUGUAAUAUUUUCAGCUUCUUCAAUGACAGCAGCUCCUGCUUUAAAAAGUAACCAAUGGAUUAUAAAUGAAGAUGAGAGUGAGGGCAAUGGUUAUACUACUACAGAUUCUGAGAGUGAAUUUGAGACCACAUUAAAGCAUGAAAAUGAAGAUGCUAAGACAUCCUUUAUGAGCCAUAGAGAAAAUGAUCCAGAAUUUUUUGAUUAUAGAGGUUCUGUUACAGACACCAGCAAAGAAAGCAAAAAUGGAGAUGCUGACCUUGGCUCAUCAGACAAAGAUGGCAGCGCACUGUCAAAGCAAAAGAUUAGAAAAGCUUCAGACCGUCAGAGAAGCAUGUCUUGUAUAAGUAGGAGUAAGUUUGAGUUUGAUGAUGAAAGAACAUGGAGUGAUCUUGAUGAAAAUCAUGUUAACAGUGAUUUACCUGAAAAAUAUACUAAAAUACCUUUACAGAUGGACUUUUCCAAUAAGAAUGAUACAACUGUCCCAGAUAAAGCAAUAAAGAGAAAAGUUGCCUCAAAGAGGGGAGAUGGAAUGUCCAAAGAGUCUGCAGUGGACAGUGAUUCAAAUGGACCUCCUGUAUCAAACCUGAUGAUGAAACUAUUUCCUUCACUGAAACCGAAACAGAAGGCGGGCUGUCAUUCAGAGCGUGAAAUCAAAUCAAAUGUGGAACAGGAGCCAGGAGGAAACACUGUUCCUUCCCAGGUACUGAGAGAGAGACUCACUGAAUUGGAAACUGAAAUAGAGAGAUUCAGAGCUGAAAACACAACUCUAACUAAACUCCGGGAAGAAAGAGAGCAUGCCUUGGCAAAUAUCAGGAAAGAAAUUGCAGACUUUCAACAGCAGAAAGCCCAAGAACUGGCUGAAAUAGAAGAAUAUAAAAAAAAGGAAAUGAAAAAACUGCAAAAGGAGCGUAAAGUUUUUGAAAAAUAUACUACAGAAGCUAGAGCAAUUCCAGAUAAAAAAGAACGUGAUGAAAUUCAGGCUUUAAAACAGCAGAUCGCAGAGUUACAGGAAGAUUUAAAACGAAAAGAGGCAAAAUGGUCAACCACCCAUCGACGCCUGAAAGAUCAAAUAGAAGCUUUAGUAAAUGAGAAUAUGGAGCUAAAAGAGGAAGUCAAAAUUAUGGAGAGGUUUCGUCUGGAAGCCUGGAAGAAAGUAGAAGCUGCUGGAAGCAAGAGGAAAAUAGAAAAUUCUGGGAUGACUCUGAAAAGAGCAGAAUCUUGUCUACCAAAUAGAGGCCCAGAAAGUCAAACCGCAUCUCUGCUUCUUCCAGUACAGAAGUGCAGCAAGAUAAAUGGCAAAAGUUAUUCACAGGCAAAAGGAAAGCUUUCUAGAACGCCCGCAUCAGCAGCUGCUAAUGACAGAAGCAACUCUGAGACAAUGAUGGCACUGGAAGAUUCUUCUAGGACUUUUAUGGUAGACAGCUCUCCUAAUGAAGCUCAUGUGUCACUACCAUCUGGACCUGCGUAUACAGACAGUGAAGAGAUACAGAGAGAAACCGCUUAUCCUGAUGGAAAGGUUGAAAAGGUUUUGAAAAAUGGCUGUCACCUCAUAUUUUUCCCCAAUGGGACAUGGAAAAAAGUGGGUUCUGAUGGGAAGACUGUAACUAUAACCUUCUUCAAUGGCGAUGUGAAGCAGGUUAUGCCUGAUCAAACAGUGAUUUAUUAUUAUGCUGAUGCUAAGACUACACAUACUACAUACUCUGAUGGCUUAGAGGUCUUGCAUUUUUCAAAUGGACAAAUAGAGAAGCAUUAUCCUGAUGGCAAGAAAGAAAUUACUUUCCCUGAUCAAACUAUCAAAAAUUUAUUUACGGAUGGGCAAGAAGAAAGUAUCUUUCCAGAUGGUACUAUUGUUCGUAUUCAGCGAGAUGGAAGCAAAACUAUAGAGUUUAAUAAUGGCCAGAGAGAACUACACACAUCACAGUUCAAGAGACGGGAGUAUCCAGAUGGUACUGUCAAGACUGUGUACAUGAAUGGACAGCAGGAAACAAAGUACGUCUCUGGGAGAGUAAGAGUAAAGGACAAGGAUGGUAAUAUUAUCAUGGACACCAAGUUGUAGGUAAUGUCAAAACCGUUGGAAGUGUUUGUACAUUACUUUUGCUGAUGUGCUUUCCUGUAAACAAGAAGAGAAAUCCCUUUAAGCUUGUGUAUAUAUUGUUUAUAGUUU